AUGGACCAACAGUACAUGACGCCUCCGACGUCGUUUCGUCUGGCCGACAUGGCCCAAGGUGCCUACGACAUGCCUCUCAUGGCUAUGAAGAAGCCGCACGACUCCCACCCCUCCAUGGGCAACUUGGUCCUCCUCGUCUUCGAAGCCGUCCUGGAGGUCGUUUGCGUCAGCUUGCCCGGUUACAUUGUCGCUCGUAUGGGUCACUUCGACGCCGACAAGCAGAAGUUCUUGGCCAACCUUAAUGUCAUGCUCUUCACGCCAUGCCUGAUCUUUACCAAGCUGGCCUCCCAGCUUAAUGCCGAUAAGCUCCUCGAUCUUGCCGUCAUUCCCAUCAUCUUCGUCAUCCAGACCCUCGUCUCGUGGCUCGUCUCUGUUGGUGUAUCUCGCCUCUUUGGCUUCAAUCGCCGCGCCUCCAACUUUGUCACAGCUAUGGGAGUGUUUGGCAAUUCCAACUCGUUGCCCAUUUCCAUGAUCUUGUCCUUGUCGCAGACGAUCAAGGGUUUGCAUUGGGACAAGAUUCCCGGGGAUAACGAUGAUGAGGUUGGUGCCCGCGGCAUUUUGUACCUCUUGAUCUUCCAGCAACUCGGUCAGCUGGUGCGCUGGAGCUGGGGUUACCACGUACUGCUCGCCCCUAAGGACAAGUACCCUGAGUAUCAGGACGAGCGCAUCGAGGAGGGCCAGUACGCCGGGGAUCGGGAGACGGCGCCUUUGCUGAAUGAGUACGACGACGGCGCGGCCGCCUCCCGCAGAUCUUCCAGUGACAAUCUGUCGAAUUACGAACCCGCCGGUCGUACUCCUGUUGCUAGCAGAUCCAGGGCUUCGCCCGCCGACACCGAGGACGAGGACGAGGACGACUUUCCCAAGAAGGCGAGGACGACCAAUGCCCUCGCUCCGCUUAAUGGUAAUCAUCCCGUUUUCGACGGAAGUGGCGAUGAGAUAUCGUCUUUCCCCCGCAUUCUUAACACGGAUGAACCCGACGUUCCCGAGGGAGUUAAGGGCUACCCUGCCCGCGUUAACAAUGCCGUUGUAUCUGCUAAGCGCUCCACGUCCAACUUUGUCAAACGCCAGUACGAACACCUUCCUGCUCCUGCCAAAUCGAUUCUUUCGGCACUGGGCCGCUUUGCCGGCAAGCUCUACAACUUCCUUUGGGAGUUUAUGAACCCGCCCCUGUGGGCCAUGCUCAUCGCCGUCGUCGUUGCUUCCAUUCCGGCCCUGCAGAAGAUUUUCUUCGAGGAGGGAUCAUUCGUCAAGAACAGCUUCACCGAUGCCGUCCAAUCAAGCGCUGGAGUCGCCGUCCCCUUGAUUCUGGUUGUUCUUGGUGCCAACCUUGCGCGCAACACCCAGAAAAGCGAUAAGCAGCGCGACCCCGAGGAGGAUCAGAUCGGAACGAAGCUUCUCGUUGCCUCUCUCGUGUGCCGCAUGCUUCUGCCGACUCUCAUCAUGACCCCUAUCCUGGCCAUCUUCGCCAAGUAUGUACCGGUCAGCAUCCUGGACGAUCCCAUCUUCGUUAUCGUCUGCUUCUUGUUGACCGGCGCGCCAAGCGCCCUUCAACUGGCACAAAUCUGCCAGAUCAAUGAGGUCUACGAGGGUGUCAUGUCGAGAAUUCUGUUCCAGAGCUACGUCAUCUGGAUCCUCCCAUCAACCUUGAUCCUCGUCAUGUGCGCCUUGGAAGUCGUUGAGUGGGCUGCUUGA